GCAAUUACCGAUCGCCCAUGUUAUUUUGUUUAUUAUGUGGUAUAACCCAACUUUUUUACGGUCCGUAUACAAAAAAUAUAUAUCCCGCUCUAAGUCUGUACGAAUAUCGGAAAUUGCACACGCCCAGUAAUCAUGUGGAAAAAUCCGAUCAAUUUUAAGCACCUGGUCGAAGGAGGCACUGUGUUCGAAGUAGAGCCCCAAUUGGAGGAUGACUUGAACGACGACGCUCAGCAGGAUUUAGAAUAUGAAAAAGAGCUGCACAAGUUUGCCAAUCUUAACUGCAUUGGGCAGUUUGAUGAUGAAGACGUCUACAAUAUGUCUGAACCUUUUGAAAUAAUCGAAUCCAAGAUGGAGAACAUUCUGGAAGACGGUGGGAUCAAAAAGAGAGUGUUGAGGACCGGUUAUGGCGAGACACCAGGUGAUAAGUGCAUUGUGAGGGUGCACUACAAUGGUUACAUAGAAUACAAAGAGGAACCUUUUGAUUCAACUUACGUCCGAAACAAGCCCCACCAGUUCACCGUAAAUAACGGCGAUGUGUUGCCAGGUUUAGAUUUUGCGGUUCAGAGCAUGAAAAUUACCGAAAAAUCGCAGUUUAUGAUAAGACCGGAAUAUGGUUACGGCAAAUAUGGUUGCAUGGAUCGUAUUCCUGCAAAUUCAACAGUUCUUUUCGAAAUCGAACUGCUCGAAAUUAUCGAGUCGGCCGCUGGCGAGAAUUAUCAAAACCUGCCGGAAGAGCAGAAAAAAGAGUUUGAGAAUGUGUAUAAAUAUUGUAUAUCCCAAUGUGUGAAGGGGAAAGAACUGUUUGGGAGGAACAUAUGGGGGGCCGUAAAAGAAUACAACAAGGCUGUUUCUUCCCUGGAAUUUGCUCAGUUGCGAGAAUAUGAGCACCAAGUGAAACAGCAGGUGCUCCUAUUAAAAUUGUACUCGAAUUUGUUGGUGUGUUACACAAAACUGGGAGAGCCGAAGAAGGGUUGUAUCAACUUCAAUAAAAUCAACGCGCUGACGCAAGGUACCGAUUUGAAAAUAUCCUCGAAAGUAUAUUUCAAUAACGCGAAGUGUCUGAGGAUGUUGGAGAACUAUGAUCUGGCCAAGAAGAGGUUGCAAAUGGCAUUCAGUUUGGAGCCGCGCAAUCCGGAAAUUCUUGAGGAAAUUAAAACCAUUGAUGCCGAACAGAAAAACUACCUGGAGAAACAAGCCAAAAUGGGCCGAGCCCUGUUACAGCAGUGAAGUUUUUUUGAUAGAUAUCGCCUUACCCUUAAUUUGGAGAAUAUGUUUUCAGAGAGGAACUGUUUUUUUUUUAUUUGAAUUAUAUUGUUAUUUUUACUGCCAUAAGUGAACUGUUCUCUAGAAUAAAAGGCAAACAGUUUGUGUUGUUUGGACCCUUUUUAAUAAAAAUAUAUUCAUUGAUUUUUACCAUACAUGCCAUGUUGCUGUAAAUCCCCGGAAUUUUUUACCAAUAAGCUAUACACAG